AUGAUGGUAUUCAAGGCAUCUGCUGUUGUGGUUCUUAUUGCCGUUUGGUCUUUCACUGCAUCUGUAACCAAUGCUGAGUCCACAGACCCAACUGCUCCUGCCAACGCUCAGUCCGCCGACCCACUUGCUGCGUCAGAGAUAAAACUCUGCCGCAAUGAAUGUGCUACGCUCUACGAUGAAGCGUGCGUUCUCUUCUUCCUUUAUCAACGGAUUCAAAUCAUGAUGAUGCUCAAGUCCUCUGCUGCUAUUGUCCUUCUUGCCACCGUAUGGUACUUUACGGUAUCUGCAGCCAAUGUUCAUCCAGCAGCUGCAUCACUUUCUGAGGCAGAGAAAAGAUUGUGCAGCGAGUCAUGCACUAAGGUCUACGUUAAAACACGCGACACGUGUUUACGAGACGUUUGUAACAGCACCAAAACAUUCGUACGUGUUCCAUUUGACGAUGAUGAUACACCUGAGCCAACGUACACUCCAUGUGAAGAAGACUGCUUCAAGAAGGCCGGUGAUGCUCAGCUAAAGUGCGAGAAGGAAUGCGUGUAG